UUUUACCGCCGAGCACAGAAAAAGAUCACAUCGAAAGAAAUAUGCUUGGAAGAAAAUUAGCCAAAUCUGUUAACAAAAACUCCGUAUUCCUUGCUCAUGAGCUAUGGCAAUAUUCAGGAAAUUCAUACAGACGCAUAAGCCAGCUACCUGAACAUAUUGUAGAAGACUUGAGUGAUGGAAGUGGAAUUCCUGAGCUGAUUGCAGAGCUUGAUCAUUUCAGUGUCCGCUUAGAUGCUGAAGAUGACUUGUGUUGGGAAAAUCUCAAGACCCUACUGGGCAACUUGAUGAACUUUGAGCCCCGGAGGAGUCAGGAUGAGGCAUCCCUGGAUGAAGAACAAAACAAAUAUGCCACACAAUUUUAUGAACAUGGUGGAGUGGAGGUACUUCUCCGCAUCCUUAUGUUCAACACUGUUUUUCCCAAGGUUGGGAGGAAAGUCAAAGUUGGUUUCCCAGAAUCUGAGCUGUUGCUGAGGGUGAAAAGUCUAGUACUAGAAAUCCUUACCAAGGUUACAACAACGUGUAUCGGCGACAAGGUUACUGCCCAGCUGAUGGCAAACGAUGAUGUACUCAAUUAUGUGUUCACUCUGCUGGCUCAUCAAAAAACCUUCAUCAACUCGUGUCAACUGGUGGAGGAUAUGCUUCAAUCACGUCGGGAGGUCCUCGACCUUCACAGAAUUCAUAACCUACGGGGCCUGAUUAGUACUCUGGAGGAUCACCAGUUAGCCAACUUCUGUAGGAUCCUGGCUGUAGCCAUUUCCGACCUUGACAUCUAUGAAAACAAAUCCUCUUUGUUUCAACAAAAUAAACAGAAAAGAAGCAGAGGCUUUGUAAAUAUCCGAGACAUAAACCAAGAGCUCUUACUUGCAAUACCAGAUCUUUUACCCAGACUAGUGAAUUUGGCUGUAGCCAAGGACUACACUCCACGAUAUCGAGGAAUGGUUAGUGAACUUGAUUGUUGGAUGGAAUGGAUCGAAAACCAGAUGGCUGAGGAGAUGUAUGACACACCAGCCAUGGAUGAUCUGGAGGACUUUAUAGGAGGUAUCUCGGAGCCGACAUCUGCGGGUGGUCCAAUGAACGUACAACAGGGCUUGAAGAUUACAGAAGAAUUGGUACAACGAGUAGAGGUUGUGUAUGUCCUAGGUCUCUUUCUGCUGGGAAAACACCGUAAAAAGGUACAAAGAAAGCUGGCAGAACUGAAGUUAGCACCUGGUCUAAGUGAACUGUUCGACCAGUUUAUCUGGAAAUGUCAAGUAAGGCACAGUACAAGGCACAGAUUACGAGGUCACAACGCUGCCUGUGAAUGCAGUCCGGAGGUGGCACUGAAAAUUCAGUUUUUGAGGCUUGUACACAGCUUUUGUGAUCACUCAGAUUACAAACAUCUAUUGUUAUCAAAGAAUGAACUCAAUGAAGUGAAAAGAAUAAAUUUGAAAGCUGGUUCUUUGGCAUUAGGUAGCUUAGAAAAUGUGAAUCGACAACUGAUGUGUAAAGGCAGUAAAGGUCUAUUGACGAAGAUAGUAGAAGUGAUGAAGAAGGAACCAACAACCUCCACAUUCAGGUUCUGGCUGGCCAGAGCAGUAGAAAGCUACCUACGAGGAAACACAUCUUACUGUGAUCAAGUCUUCUUAAUGCGCAGAGGGUUGUUGCAGCAUGUAGCAAGCAAUAUCGUAGAACACGAGAUAAGACACAAAGAAAUCCUACAGAGCAGCUUUGACCUGCUGGGAGAGCUCAUCAAGUUCAACAUCGAGGCCUUCAAGACAUUUGAAGAAAUCCUUACAACACAGGCAAAGUUUGAGAAGUUCAUCACUACUGUAAAUAGAAAUCUUGUAGACUCCAACAUGUUUAUCAGAAGUCUGGUGUUGUCUCUUGAACACCUCACAGAGGAGGACACAACAUAUAAAGAAUAUGCCAAAAAGGACAACAAAUUACUGAUGUACAUUGGGGACUUCAGUAAACAACUAGACUACCUCUACAAACUUAUCAAGAUUAUUAACGUAGAGAAUCUCACACAGGAAAACGUUAGUUGCCUGAAUACCACCUUGGUCUUUCUGAUGUUUGCUAACCGUAAGGGUCAGCUCCCCAAAUAUCUGCAGGCCCUUCGAGACGAGAAAGAAGAUCUGAUGGAUGUCAGUGGGUCGGCCAAUCUCUUACGCAACUUCAGGGAUCUCUUAACAUUUUGGCAAGACCAUUACCUCCACAAAGACAAGGAUUGUAGUGCUCUAGAGAAGAGUUCGCGGAUUAGCUUCGAGUACUGGAAGCAGACAGUGUCCGUGUUAGUGUGUGACGAUAAGGAUGACAAGGCAGGAAUCCUACACUAUGUGUCGCCCAUGCCUUGUGACCGGCCCAAUUGAGCCUAUCUUCCACUUACACACUCAAAAUAGGCUUGUGCCUACAGGCAGUGCUAUUCCGCAGUCGCUACAAAGAUUUCAGUUUUUACAACUGUCAAUCAUAGUGUCUAUUUAAGUUAUAAGUUGACUGUCUUCAUAGCAUGCUGUGCUCUGCAAUUGAUUUCAUUACACUGUCGGUUAGUGCAGAUAUGCUAGCCAUGGACAGACUCCUAUGGUUGGUUGUGCGUUCUGGGAAUUGCCUAUUAUGCUUGAUAAAUCAUGCACGUUUGAACGUGAAGACUUGUUUAAGUCUAGUGGCCACAGUUCAAUUGUACACCAUGUGAGACAGUUUCAUUUGACAGUUGAGCUGGUUGGCGCCUCACAAGCUGGACCUGUAUUGAGGCAACAGACUUGUGCUGCUCCUCUGACAAGGAAGUGCAACUUCGGCUGGACUGCCUUGGCACUUUACAGAGGAAUUUCAUGUGUUGAACACCAUGCUGAAGUCUCAGUUUUACCUUCCAUGACAUGCAGUCUGUUUUUGCGGUUGGUGAGAUUUUGACAGAGGGACACCAACACCCUGGGUAAUGUGUUGACCAAAUGUGUUCCGAUAUCAUCUUAAUGAUUUAAAUCUAUUAUUCGUUCGUGUUGAAAUAUAUACAUAGUCAUUUAAAUGUGUAUUACCGUUUGUUGUUUAUUGCUGGACAGAUUAUUUUUGAUCAGCAAAAAAAUUUAAAAACUAAAUGUCAUACAAUUUCUGGUGGAGGUAUGAGUCUCCAAAAGAUAGUUUUUAUUUUAGACUUUCAGUGCAUAGCAGUGUGUUAUAUGUGGAAUGCAAUGGAUGCAUGUUGUUGGAAAUUUUGAAUGUGUAAUGAGUGGCGAGCAAUAAGGUUAUUGUAAAUAAAGAAUCUGAGUGAAACAGACUUAAAUAAAGACUUUCUGUGAAGCAGACUAACUUUUAAAUCUGUGAUAUUUCACUCCCUUAUAAUUUUUUUUUUUUUUUUUUUAGCAUAAUAAAAGAUAUUCAAAGAUUGGCUAAUUGAUUAGCAGCUAAUCUUUUGACUCAAGUGUUGCAUAUCUUCACAAAGAAUAGAAAAAAAAUUGAAAUCAUGUUUAUAAUAAAGUGUUGUUGGCAAUCAUUUUGUAAUGUUGAUAAAUUCAUGUUCAUAAUUUGAGUAGAUUUACUUAAAUGUUUUCUUGACAGCAAGAGUUUAUAUUCAUAAUUUGUUUAGGUUUGAUGGAGUUAAAGAUGGAAAUAAUAGAUAUAAAAGUAAUUGUUUGGCUGAGGAUGGAUUCUCACCAACAUUUAACCACUUUUCAUCAUUAAAAUGUAUAAUUGUGCCUCCUAAAGCAAAUCAAAACUGAAAUCAAUAUAACAGCUAGAUACAAUUUGCUAUAAACUGUUUAAAUACAUUUAAUGAUAAAAUUUUAUGGUACGUAGCUAUGUUGUACAUCUAGAUCUGCUAUUGAAUCAACAUGAGUUUUUUGUUAAAUAUCAGAAACCUACAGUUCAUUUAGAGAAUAUAUAUAUAAGUUCUAUAUUAAUAGCUUUAAAUUUUCAUCUUCACAAUAAUAAAAUAGUUUUAAAAGUGUAUUGAUGGUAUUCCUAUUCUAACAGUUUGUAUGAAUUGCUGUAGCCUAUAAGAAGACGCUCAUUACAACAAACUCUUGCUUAUCAGAUAUGUACAAUAAAAUAGCAAUAUAGUAGUUGUUUCCAAUUUUGAGUUCUUUAGUCCGGAUUUACCUUAGAACAUUUUUAUUUUGUUAGUGGUGCAUCCAUUGUACUAUAAGAUAAAUGUUCAUAGAUUUGAAUAGAUCCAUACUGAAGAAAGAUGAAAAGGUUAUUUAAUUUGUGUUGGCGUCGUAGCAACAUUCUACAUUGAAGGUGGUUCCUGCUGUAGUGAUUUUUGAUGUGAUAAGUCAGCAAGUUAUUUAUUUUUCAAUGAAUUUGUAUAAAUAUGUGCAUCACCAAUGUGAAUUUUGAUCUCAUUUUUAAAAUGCCUUAACUAUUUUGAAGCAAAAAUAUAAAUUUUAACCAGAGUUUGCGUGUCUAUAAUAGAAUAAAAGAAUUUCUUUAAUGUUUUUGAUUUGUGAUAUAUUUAAAAAAAAAAUCAAAUACCGAUGGUGUAUAUAUAGAUAACAACAGAACUAAACAAUACAUAGGAAAGAUGAAUGAUUACCUCAUUAUCCUCAGUACAAAUAGAUAAACUUUACUUACUUCAGGUUUCAUGAAUUUGAAACUGUCUUCUUUUAUUUAUAACCUAGAUUCUAGAUUUAACAUUAUUCCACAAUAUUAACAACGAUUUGAGAAGAAAAAAUUAAUCCAUGAUAGGAAGUUAUUCCUUGUUUAAAUCUUACCAAAGAAAUUGUUGGAAGUUAACAUUUAUUACAUGUUCUUGAAUUUUCGGCAGAUCUUUGUAGUAAUGUGAUAAUAAUGGAUUCGUGCAAACCUAAGGUAUCAUUUUGAUAAUCACAUGUACCAAAUUUGUGGCAGAUCUUGGUAGUAAUGUGAUGCUAUUGGAAUACACACAACCUUAGGCAUCAUUUUGAUUAUUACUUAAAAAGAAAGUGUAUUAGACAGAGAAAAUGUAUUAGAAUUCUGUUCCAUUUUUUAGCCCACCAUCAUCAGAUGGUGGGCUAUUCAAAUCCCUUUGCACAGAUUAGUAAAAUGAAGGGAAAAGUAGAGAAAAGAUCAAUCUGACAUGGAACCUAUGAAGAUCAUUCAAUGGUGGGCGCCAAGAUCCCUCUGGGAUCUCUUGUUUUUAAAUUGAGAUGUGUCCGAGUCUCUAAUCUUGAAUUUCAAAGUUAAGACUCCAUUUGAUUAAAUUUGCCUAGAUAUCAGUUGUUGAUAUGUUAAAUGUUGUCGUAGAAACGGUGCUCCGAGUACGGGUGUAUACAUAUGUGCAUGGCUUGGUGUGUAGCAGAUACUGAGUUUAAAAUAAAACAAACGGGUGUGUAUUAAAUUCUGGAACAUCACUACCAGAUUGACCUUUCCGACACAAAUUUUUGUUUCAUCUGCAGAUUUAAUCUGAAUCAUUGCCAACUAUUUCUGUUCUAAUGAUUAGAUAUUGAAAUAUUUCAAGAGUUUCAUAUUUUUUUUUAAACAUUGGUAAAAUUGUUCAGUAUUUGAUGGUUUCUCAUAAGGACCCUUUGCUGACAAUGCAAUAUUUCCUAGAUUUUUCUCUCUCGAUUGAAUGUGAUAUUGAUAUUAUAGUAAAAAAAAUAUUCUAUCCAAGGUUUUUUUUACCUUCAUUAAAAUAACAAUAAAUGUUAAUGUUGUGUCCUUCAGUAUUAAGUAGUUACAUGAUUAUUAAUAAUAGACCAUGGCCGUUUUCGUUUUUUCGGUCCAAACGGUUGGACCAGUUGGACCGGUGUUGUUCGUUUAUGAGAUCAAGACGGACCUGGUGAUUUUAUAUUGUUUUCAGACGAGCCUUGACAAAGACUUCCAAGGCCUUUAUUAACAUUUGCAGGUUCGUGAGGAUAUAUGUUUGAAAUAUUACAUUUAAAAACUGACGAACCGGUUUGUCCGCAUAAAGGAACAGGCCCCAUAUGUCUGUGCCAGAAUUUUAGGAUAAUUUGAUGAGGGUAGUCUCCCUUAGAUUAUGUCCUUACCCUCCUUCAAAACGUGGUGGUACUGAGUUUAUUUGCAUAGAGUGAAUGAGCCAACUUUUGAGUGUUCCUUUGGGAGUCUGACAAGAGUAUGACGUGCAAACUUGAAUGAUUGUUUAUCGUUGUAAAAAUGUUUGAACCAAAUUGUAUUGCAUGAUCAUGAUUUGUCCGUGGUGUAAAUUCUGAUAUAAAAUAGUGUGUGUUAUUUGUAUUUCUUGUUAUAAAAUGUGGUUGACAUUAAAUAAAGAUGUUUUCUAAUGUAGAAUUUUCACUUGAUUUCACUGUGUAAAUGGUGUUAAAUCAAAGUGUUCAACUCUUAAUCAUUUCAGAUAUAAAUAUAGUUUUAAAUGCAAGUUUCUGAGGUUAAAAUCAAUAACAAUGAAAUAUGCUAUUCCUUUCAUUGAAUUAUUUUUUAGGAAACACAUUUCAUAAUUUUUCUUACAUUUGCAAAAAAAUAUCUCAAAAUAUUUAAUGAACUUUUUCGGGCACAUUCAAUGCUGAUAUCUAAUUAAAUCUGUUGUUCAUUCAAUUGAUAUGAAUGCUAUAUGAAAAAGAACUCCAGCAUUUUUGGCAAGUAUUAAUGUGUUCUGAUUAAAAUGAUCAAAUUUUAUCUCCAUGAAAUAUACAACUGAAAUAAUUGUUUUACUCGCCUUUGAACCAAAACAUGAGGAAAGCAUGAUCUCAUUGCUAAAACCGAUUGUUUUCAUGUCAACGUGCUCUUUACUUAACAAUAAAAUGUUUGAGCUGAUUUUGAAUAGAAUGUGCAUGUCAUAUCUUCGAAAAUUUUCACAUCAAAGAAAUUAAAAUCUUAUUUUCAAUUCAUACUUUUAAAAAGGCAUAGUUAUUGAAUGACUGAGAAUACUAGAGAAUUAGCAUGCUGUCUGUCGUGUGUAACUUUACAUUUGAAUGUGUAUGAAUUUUGUAAUAGUUGUAUAACACUCCUGUGGAUGUUAUUGUAAGGCUUGUUUUCAUGCGUUAUCUAAAAGUGAAGAAGUUGUUUUGAAACAGAUAAUUAUAUAAAGAGCCUUCUUAUGCAUGGAGGUGUUUAAAUAAGAUAUUAAAAAAUAUAUACCUGAUAUAUACAUUUAUUUAUUUAUGCUAUGAAAUUGAAUGUUCUGCCAGUAGUAUAUAAUAUAAGGGAUUGUAUGUACUAGAGAAUGUUCUGUCAGUAGUAUAUAAUAUAAGGGAUUGUAUGUACUAGAGAAUGGUCUGUCAGUAGUAUAUAAUAUAAGGGAUUGUAUGUACUAGAGAAUGGUCUGCCAGUAGUAUAUAAGGGAUUGUAUGUACUAGAGAAUGGUCUGCCAGUAGUAUAUAAGGGAUUGUAUGUACUAGAGAAUGUUCUGCCAGUAGUAUAUAAGGGAUUGUAUGUACUAGAGAAUGUUCUGUCAGUAGUAUAUAAGGGAUUGUAUGUACUAGAGAAUGUUCUGCCAGUAGUAGAUAAAGGAUUGUAUGUACAAUACUAGAGAAUGUUCUGUCAGUAGUAUAUAAGGGAUUGUAUGUACUAGAGAAUGGAGAAUUGUAGGUGUCGCUCUCAUCUGAUUGUGAAUUGCAUGACUAAAUUCAGAUUUGUCUUUUUUCUUUCUUUUGUGAACAGUUAACAAGUGCCCUUGUCAAAUAGAUGGGCCAGUUGUGAUUGUGAUUUUGUGAUGAAUUUUUGUUUUAAAACACCCAUUGUAUAAUCCUAUGCUGUAUAUACAUACUUUGGCACGCUCAAAUUUUCAUAUAUUAUCAAGUUUAAUGCAUUGUUGCCGUAAUUGAUUUGGUCCUAAGAAAAGGGAUGUUACAGCAUAAAAUGACAAGAUAUGACCUGCAGUAUGAUCAAAUCCUGGCUGUUACACUAGUUUUUUGGUUUCAGACCUAAAGAUAUAUAAAACUGGGUAUGUAACCCUCAGAUUGCUUUCUAUUUGUGCCAAUGACCUUAAUUCCAGAUGAAUAGCUAAGUUACUAAGCUGGAAAUCGACUGACAUGUUAUUUUUAUCGUUCCCUACAAAUUAUAUCAAGAUUUUUAUCAGAUAUCAAAUAUUUCCCCUAAAUACUAUAUAAUUAUGAAACCAGUUUGACAUUGACUUUGAUCUAUAACUUAUAUUAUAAAUGCACAGUUUUAGGCGGUUUCUGUAAGUGUAGUACUUUGCUGAGUCAAAUGGCCAUCCAUACCAUGUUGACAGAUACUGGUAAUCUGGUUCAAAUUCCAAUAACUGGUUCCCUGGUUUAAAAAAAGACAAUCUUCCUUUCAUAAUUACGGUAAAUUGAGACUCUUUUCAUCUUUUAGCUUUACACAUAGUUAAAUAUAAAAUGUCACUCCUUUGUAAUAUAGAAAUAUUCAAGGUUUUUUUUUCUAAUUGAAAAAUAAUUGCAUGGCAAUUUUGUUUAUGUCUUCAGGUAAAGGCACAUUGUUAUUUAAUGUGUUUCCUUAAAAUAAUAAUUAAAAAUGCUUUAAAAUAUUUUGUCUUGUACAUUGCGAAAUGUUUGGAUUUAAUUGAUAUCUGAAGAGAGCAAUUGUGUAUUUUAUGAUUUUUUUGUGAGCGUGUCUGUUUAUUGAAGACUUGUGUCCCAUAUGUCACCAAAACUCUGGUAAUGCAUCAUUUCUUCAUCAUCGUGUUUCAUUUCUUCAUCCUUCUUUUAUGUGGUCAUAUAUAGGACAUUGUUAUCGUAAACAGAGAAAAUGUUUUAUUUCCUGUUUAACUUUAUAUCAUUUUACCGUAAACAGUCCUGUUUGAUAGGGAACAAAUGCAUGUGUUAACAGUUGAGUUUGGAUAGAAAGAGUGUUGAAAGUCGCAAGAGUGUGGAUGUUUAUGGGCCAACAUGUAAGAUAGUAGAAGGGAAUUCGUAAUUUAUUAUACACUGUAUAUAUAAAAACAAAAUUAAAUGUAUAGUAAAAACAUUAAAAGAAAAUUUUUAAAUAUGAA